AUGUCGAUCCCACCUGCGGCUCUGCAGAAACUAGUUCAAGAGAUUGAAUCACAAGCAAUUGCAGCACAGCAACAGAUCAGUAUAGUCAAAACACAAAUCGCAACGAAACAACGCGAUAUUCGGCUGCUGCAACUCACUUCAAGUGAACUCGGAUCUUUGUCCAAGGAUACAAACGUAUAUGAAGGUGUUGGAAAGAUGUUCGUGCAUACGCCGAUUGACGCCGUCAAUACGCGACUUUCGUCCGAGGACCAGACUUUGAAGAAGGAUAUUAGUGACCUGGAAAAGAGAUUACAUUACCUUGAGACGACGCAUGAGAAGAGUAGGGAACAUAUCGAGCAGAUAUUCAGGGGGACCGGUGCAUAA